GGAGGAGAAGGAGAAGAAAAACAACAAGGAGGGAGGAGAAGAAGAAGAAGAAAGAAGAAAGAAGAGAGAAGAAAGAUGAUCUCGGCGUUGGACUUGUACCACGUGUUGUCGGCGGUGGUGCCGCUGUACGUGGCGAUGAUCCUGGCGUACGGGUCGGUGAAGUGGUGGGGGAUCUUCUCGCCGGACCAGUGCUCGGGGAUCAACCGGUUCGUGGCGCUGUUCGCGGUGCCGCUGCUCUCCUUCCACUUCAUCUCCACCAACAACCCCUACGCCAUGAGCUACCGCUUCAUCGCCGCCGACACGCUGCAGAAGCUGGCCGUGCUGGGCGCGCUCCUCCUCUGGUCCAGGGCCUCCGCGCGGGGCUGCGGCCUCGACUGGGCCAUCACCCUCUUCUCCCUCGCCACCCUCCCCAACACCCUCGUCAUGGGCAUCCCCCUCCUCCGCGGCAUGUACGGCGCCGCCUCCGGCACCCUCAUGGUCCAGAUCGUCGUCCUCCAGUGCAUCAUCUGGUACACCCUCAUGCUCUUCCUCUUCGAGUUCCGCGGCGCGCGCCUCCUCAUCCGGGAGCAGUUCCCGGACUCCGCCGCCUCCAUCGUCUCCUUCCGCGUCGACUCCGACGUCGUCUCCCUCGACGGCCGCGACCCGCUCCACGCCGAGGCCGAGCUCGUCGGCGACGCCGGCCGCCUCCGCGUCACCGUCCGCCGCUCCGUCGGCUCCCGCUCCGACGCCGGCUCCCGCCGCUCCCACCACCACCACCACCACCCCCACCCCCACCACCACCCGCACGCCAACGCCAACGGCGGCGCGGCCGCCACGCCGCGCGCGUCCAACAUGUCCAACGCCGAGAUCUACUCGCUGCAGUCCUCGCGCAACCCGACCCCGCGCGGCUCCAGCUUCAACCACGCCGACUUCUACACCAUGGUCAACGGCGCCUCCGCCGCCGCCGCCGCCGCGGCGGGGGGCAGGGGCUCGAAUUUCGGCGCCGCGCUAGGGUUCGACGAGGAGAGCGGCGGCGUUGGCGGCGUUGUGGGCGGGCCGAGGGGGAACGGGAACGGGGAUUGGUGCGGCUCGAGGCGGAUGUAUUACAUAUUUCCCAGCACAUCCGCCCCGCGUCGGGGACAGGACUGUAAAGAAGGGGAGUCCAUCGUCGCAGGGGGAGGGCGGCAGGAGCGAGUUGCACACACUCAUGUUCGUGUGUGAGCUCGAGCGACGUCGCCAGUUCUCCGAGGGGGCUUGCAGCGGUUCGCACAGGGGUUAAUUGAAGCGAGUCUGCUUUUGGAAUGUGCGAGCGCCACGCCACAAGACUGCCACCAUGAUGCCUACGACGAAUACAGCCGCGACGACUUCAGCUUCAGGAACAGGUCCAUUACUCAGGGAGGGGACUCGCUUCAGAAAGACGGGCCGAGCCUGUCGAAGCUGGGCUCCAACUCCACAGCCGAGCUCCACCCGAAGAUGGGGGUUGACGGCGACGCGAAGCCCACGGCGAUGCCGCCAGCCAGUGUAAUGACUCGGCUUAUUCUGAUCAUGGUGUGGCGCAAGCUGAUCAGAAACCCGAACACCUAUUCCAGCCUCCUUGGGGUCAUCUGGUCUCUGAUCUCCUUCAGGUGGGAUAUUGAAAUGCCUGCGAUUGUUGCUCACUCGAUCUCGAUACUAUCUGAUGCAGGGCUUGGAAUGGCCAUGUUCAGUCUAGGCUUAUUUAUGGCAUUACAGCCGCGAAUUAUUGCGUGCGGCAAUUCUCUUGCUGCAUUUGCAAUGGCAGUCAGAUUCAUCACUGGCCCUGCUGUCAUGGCUGCCACAUCUAUCGCUGUUGGACUCCGUGGCGUGCUUCUGCACAUCGCGAUUGUUCAGGCAGCUCUUCCUCAAGGAAUUGUCCCGUUUGUGUUUGCCAAGGAGUAUAAUGUGCAUCCUGACAUUCUGAGUACUGCGGUUAUCUUUGGAAUGUUAAUAGCUCUCCCCAUCACUUUGGUGUACUACAUAUUACUGGGGCUCUGAAGCUCGACUGAUUCUUGGUUGAAACAUUGACGAAGUUGCCGAGGUGAUCAGGAAUCUACAGCAUAGUGAUCAGAGCUAAAUAACUUCUUAUUUUCAUUCUCCUUUUAUUCUCAUUCUCUCUCACUGCACUAGUUUCACUUUGAUAGUCUAACUGAAAUAGGUGAGGUUUUGGUCAGUAAAAAAAGGUGGUGGCUGGAAAAUGUACCAAGUUAGGGUUUAUUGGGGGAUCAGAUAGGGAAACAAAAUUAGUAUCAACUUCCUGUAUUAAUUACUUCUAUAAUAUUUUGAAGGCUCGUGCAAUUCAUGAAGAAUCUUUUGAAGCCCCAUUUGAUUUUCCUUCUUGAGUAUUUCAUUUUUCUCGCUCUGCAAAUGUUCUCUUCCUGAGCACGUGCAGAGAUGUCUGCAACUGAUGCGCAUGAAGCAUGCCGAAGGAACCGCUUAAUGCCAGACAUUUUCUGUAUUCGUUGCUUUGUGUUUGAAUUCGUUGAGUUCAACUUUGUGCAAGACUGAUUGCGAAAGUUGAGUUCAACUUUGUGCUAGUUUGAGCAUUGUCAUUGUUGGGGUUUGUUUCUAUCAUCGAAAAUGUUUGAGCUCAUGUAUGAGCUCUGAGUAGGAUGCAAAUCUCAUAGC